AAGCGGGCCAGCCAGGGCGGGUUCGCCGCUCUCCUGCAGCGAUUCCGCGUAUCGAAGAGGCUGCUGCUCGGCCGAGGUGGGCCACAGGGGUUAACCUUCUCCGGCAGGGCGGAAGCAAAAGACCUGCUGCCCGCGAUUCGGGGCUGAGGCCGCCGCGGUAGUGGGAGGGGAGCGGCUCUGCCCGGAAAUUAAGGGCCUCGUGAUUGCUAAGGCGUUGCUGGUGUUUGGAAGCGGAGGGAGAGGAAAGGUUUUGCCGCCCGGACGGGGAGAGCGCUUGCCUUGCGGAGACUGAACUGCAGCUCAGGGCACGGCCUUGUCCAGGAAAAGCCGUUGCAAGUCCUCCGGCGUGCUGCACGAGCAAGAAAAGGGAAGCUCGCUGGCUGGAUUUGGGCAGCGGAGAACAGGACGCUGAAUCAGUCGCGGGGAGCCCAGGCGUAGUAGGAAGAGCGGACCCCGGCAGACCAGAGGAACCGGGCAGUAGCGGGCAUACAUGCUACCAACGUAGGGAGGAUGGGGCGCUUGAUCUCCAGCGACCGGUACUGCCGGGGCCCCGAGGAAAAAGUUCGCGCGGUAUAUUGCAUGUAUACGUAGAGUAUAUGUAGAGCAGUGGCCAAAGACAGCAAUCGGGGACUCAUCGCUCUGCUAGUAGAGGUAGAGUAGCCCCGCCACGGGCCUGACGAACUUGUGAGCAGCCCGAGGUUGCAGCUGCUGUGGCGGGGCCCCCUCUAACUCCUUUCCCAUGUGGUUGGCAUCGCUUCUGGACGCCCCGAAAUGAAGCGAGCCGCAGAUGUGCGGCAAGUCUCGGAUUGGAGCGAUUUUGUCCGCGGCCGCUGCCUGCGGGAGCUGCUAGACCAGCGCCGUCCGGACAAGGCUCCCAGCCGCAUCUUAGCUAGCCCCGACGGACAACAUCUGUUCCUGCUGUGGAACCGGCCGGCCUCCCCGGCUCGAGUCGUGGCCUUUCAGCGCCUUGGCACCGAAGGAGGCGAUUUCGAGAGGAGCUGGCAGCAGCCUGUGGUUGGGCUCCUUUUCCUGGAAAGCUCCCCCGGGGCAGUUUUCUGGGUGCUGGCUAUCAUCUGGGAGCAAGGCAGGACUGAACUCUGGCGCUUCAUGCCUGCGAUCGGGUGGCGUUUGCUGCAGAGUUUGGAGCUGUGCUGUGGAGCCCGGGCCCGCAUCGUCUCCAUCUGCAACGCGGGUAGCCGUCUAGUGUGGUGCGAGGAGAGGCCACCUCUAAACAGCCAGCUCACCCCAGAGAAGAGAGCCUUCAGGUACUGCAUCUGCACUGGACACCUUCAGAUUGGUGAGAAUGGUGCCCAGCUCAGCCCCCUGCAGAUUGUCUUACACAACAGCCCUGCUUUCCAAGUGCUGGCCUCAUCCUCUGGUGUGUUUCUGGUGCCCGCCCCAGCCACUUUCGCUGGUGUGGCCAAGUGUGUUCUUAUAUGGCGACCAGACAAUGCUGACAUUGUUAUUGCUGCUCCAUCCAGAGGAUGCAUUUCCACUAAAGUGUUGCACCCUGGCAGGAAAGUUGACUAUAAGAAGCUCAUCUUGGGAUAUGUGGGAAUUUUGGCAUCCAUGGAGAUUUUGAGUAUUCACAGCUGUGGCCUCUCAAGUAGCAAAGGGCUCCUCCUUGUCACCAGCUCAGGCACUGUGGACUUGGUUCAACCUAAUGGACUGUGGAGGCCUGUCUUUGACUUUGGAGAAAGUGCCUUGGAAGCCCCAGGGGAGAGGGUCCAAUUAAAAGUAUUUGGGGACACGCUUGCUUACUUACUGGGAGGCGUUCUUUGUCUUGUAGACUUGAACAGUAGACAGCUGCUGGAAAAGAAACUCCUGAGCACAGAAAUGCGUUUCUUGGAUUUUCAUUCAGAGGAGGAAGAAGCAACAGUGGUGCAGCUUCUUGCCCCAGAUGGCAUUUACCACCUUGACUUCUCUGGGACUGACAAAGACAGCCAACCUGAGCCUACCCUGGUGGAGGUGGUCUUUGAAGAGGCCUGCAAGUACUAUCAGCGGCGGAGUCUUAGCAGCUCCCAACUCACUGUGGAGAAAUUAAAGGGGGGCAUGUUUCAGGCUCCCAUUGCUCUCUCCACCAUUCUGUGCCAUAGCCUUGCUUCAAAGGAUAAGAGGACUGGGGCCCUCCCAGAGCCUUAUGUCAAGCUUUUGAGCACAAUGCAGUUAGAGUUGCAAAGCUACCAGAACCUGGAAUUCCUGAAGUCUUGUGUGGUUGGGGCCACCGAAAGCGAGGUGGACUGCUAUGGGGAGGAGCUGAUAGAACAGGAACUUAACCGUCUUCUGCGCUUGGAUGUAAACAGAGAAAACCUGGCUUACAUGAACACCAUCUUCAAUUCCUUCCCUGUGGCCUUCUGGAAGGCUAUCCAGAAUCAUCUGCAACUGCAGCAGAAUGGUGAGGGCCUCUUGGUAGCCAGAGCCACCCCAGAUGUGUGGAAGAAAAUUCUGGGAGGGGUUGUGCCCGGCCUGUGCAAGCAAGAGGCCUCUCUGAAUGGGGUGGUCCCGCUCUUUGAACUCAUCUGUCUUUCUCUUUAUCAGUUCAAGCCUAAAUGGCUGCCGAGGUUUGUGGAGCUGUCCCAGCAGUAUGUGGGUACUUCCUGGGUGUACAACAAGGAGGGCCCUGAAGGUGGCGUGCCCCUUUAUAAGAGAGCACUAGCCUUGCUGACAAGGAAGAGUAGCUGCUCUGUGGUCUAUCCGGACAUGGAGAUUGAACUCCUUCUGUGCAGCCAGCGGCCCAAAGCUAUCCUGCAGGCCAUGGACCUCCUUAUCAGUCACAGGAGAUGGCCGUGCGUGAUGGAUGCAGCUGAGAAAUUCUCUAGGUUAAGCCCUUUGCUAAACAAAGAGAUUUUUAUUGUCCUCUUGGGACAGUUUGCCCAGCACAGGGCACUGGACCCUUAUUUGGACACGUUAUGGGAGCUCUGCCCUGCAGAUCUGAGUGCUUCUGACAUACUAAGCAUUAUUCAACAGCAUUUACCCCCAACAGAACUUGACCCCCCACCAUUUCCCCCAGAUGGGUCACCACAACUGACUGUUGGCUUGCUCAAGCCACUGUUGCACCGACUGGCGUGUUGCUCAGCUGGCCACGAUGAAAUCUAUGCUGAUGUCUUACAAGGGCCUGCUUUUCCUCCUCCAACCCCACCUAGGCAACAGCGAGUUGCUCCUAAGACAGCUGCUGUUCAGGAGGAGCAUCUGCAAAGAACUGAGUCCUUUCACAAUCACACGCAAGGCACAUUAUUUGAGGAGGUGUGAAGUUGGGACAAAGUUGGGGUGGGCAAAACUGUGUCUGAUGCAAUCGUUCCUGGGCAAAUUAGGUUCCGCAGCAUGUGCAUUCCACUUAAGGCCUGCAUUGCCCAGAUGUCCUUGCCAUAGUGGGCAGCAAGCCCUAACACCUUUGGAACUGCCAGCAGGUAUAUCUGGAAGUCUACAAAGCUGCUCUUAUGGCAAGGUUUGGAGGGUCUGGGUACCUUAAAUAAGAGUGAAUUUACAUACAAGAGAACCACAUCACUGCUUAUAUAUCAAAGUGACAUAAAGAUCUACUUUGGAUGUGUUCUCAGCCUUUCAUUAAUAAUGCUGGUGCAGUUUUUAAUCUCCUUGUAUAUUUUGGCAGAUAUAAAUUCAUAUUAAUACAUAAUAUUUGCACAUUGAGCCCAGUAACAUGGGGAAAUUGCUUGGCUAACUCGAUUGAAGGCAUGUUUUGAAACCCACAUUACUAUGCAUUAGUGUCUGCAAUUUGUUUUCUUAGUGCAGGGAUUGUGCGGUGCCAGCUAAUUGGGGGCAAAGUUUUACUGGCCAGGAGUGUUUCGUAAAAUGAAAGUUUGAAACUCCCUGAUGAAGAGCAUGUGAGUUGUCUACUUUCCUGGCUGGAAACUUGUGUCUUACCACAGCCUGUGCUUGAAUGUGCAGUGUUAAUGUUAGACAGGGCUGUUUCCACUGUGCCGAUAUGUAUAAGCAUAUCUUUGUCCCUAAUGGUGGCCUUAUUCUUUUUCCUUUUUGAAAAAUGCAUCUAUCAGUUUUGGGGGACCCUGCAUCUGUGCCUUGCAGAGGAGUGCAAUUUUGGGGGACCCUGCAUCUUUGCAGAGGAGUGUAGUUGGUGCCUAUUUAUUUAAGGGUUGGGCUACUACUACUCUUUUGCUGGAAAAGGAAGAAUGGAGUUUGUGUGUAAAUGUGAUCAUGUUCAGUCCUUCAUGCCUGUCAGCAGCUCACAGUUCCCUGUUCUAUUGGGGUGGAAGAGAUCCUAUUACAUCUUCAUAUAGCUAGUGAAAGUGAAAGUUUAACCACUAUAGUUUUCCCCCAUGGGUGUGAAAAUGGAAUCUGGGGAUUUAAACAAUUAAUAAGCAGCAAUAUUUUCUUCUUUUUAUAGGUAAGAGAAAAAACUUUUUAAUCUAAUUAAGUCAUUGGCAUUUAUUUUAAAGGGCGAAGCCUCCCCAAUGUGUUUCUAAAUAGGGAAAUGGUUUGAUUACAAGGAAACCACUGUGUACUUCAGUUCUCUCUGUUUGAGGGAAGUGUUUAUUAUCUGCCCUGGAGUGUGGAACAGGACUGAGAGGCUUUGCUUUUCUCAGGACUUCCUGGGUUCUUUGGGGAGACACAGUCAGGAACUGUUAUAUUCUAGGCUGCUUUUUGUUUUAAUCUCUCCCUGGUUUGCUGACUUUGUUCAGUAAUUGUUUAUUAUGGAAUAGUUCUUGGUCAGACAAGGCUCUGACUCAAUAUAGAGCUGCCUAGAUUGCAAGAAAAUCAACCAGCCUGCACCUCCUGUAACAUCACAGUAAAGUGGAUACGUCCUGUGCUGAGUGACUUCUUUUCCUCGUUGCUUUGGGUUCCCCCACCCCCUCUGGCAGGGGGAGAGACAGGGUAAUUAGCACAACACAGAGAACGUUCUGAUCCUCAUUCCACUUUAUUUCUAACCACUGUAAUAAUUAGGAAGGGUUUGGUCAUACAUGAUACCAUGGUGAGUAUCUAAGAUGUAUCUUACAAUGGUGAAUAAGCUACCUUUUGAGCCCUCUGCAGUGAAACAGCACAAGUGUCUGGCUUAUGCAUAUAUACUGUCUGUAUCUCAUGCUAUUUGCUGAUGUUCAUAGUCAAUCUGCACAUUCUCAGAGAACCCCACAGAUUCCCUUAGCCUAGAGUCCAGUGUUUGGUGGGCUUUCUUUACCUGAAAUAAACCAUCUUUUGGAUUCAACUCUAAGAGGAGGGCGUAGGGAGCCAAAGUCUGAGAACUUACUUUCUUUUCCUAACUGUGCACAUAUUUCAUUAUCUUUCUCUCUGUGCAACAGUAAUGGGGCUCUGGGCUUCAUAAGGGUUGGGAACUCCUGAUUACAGCAGAAGCUGUGGUUAUCUGUGUGAGAAACUGUCCAUAUGAUUUCCUGAUUGUCCAGA